AUGGCCGAACGGGUGACGGGUGACCAAGUCUUCUGCCACGAGUGCGAACACCAAUGGCCUAGGAGCGAGCAUGGGCUCACCUGCCCAUACUGUCAGUCGGAGUUUGUCGAAAUACUUGAGGAGGAUAACGAACAGAGCGAAGAUACCCACUCCGAACCCCGACUUCAACAGCAACAGCAGCAGCAGCAGCAGCAGCAACCGUAUAACCCUGGCCCGACCAUGUUCUCUGGCUUCAACAAUUUUUUACCCAAUCACCAAACGUUCCACGAAAACAACGCAAAUGGGCACGUCACCCGCCAUCACUACCACUCCAACGAUGGUAGAUUUCAAUUUACAAGUACCACUAUUCGGUCUCCAAGAAGCGGAGGAGGUAUCAGACUGGCGAUGAACGGAAAUGCAGGACAUCCAGGUGCCGCCGAAGACCCCCUUGUACCCAUAUUUCGCAACUUCAACGCCAUCCUACAAGGCAUAGCAGAAACACAGCCCAACAGAGGUGGAAUACCGCCCGGCUAUGGAUAUCAAAACCAAAACCAGCCACGCAAUAAUAACUAUCGAGACACGGACCCCCCAGAGAUAUUAGGUGGAGGGCUAUGGCCACAGGAUGCAAAUCACCCACAGGGGAACAACCCCCAGCCACUGCAUAACUUCAACGAUAUUCUAGGUUUCUUACAGGGCGCUCCUCCCCCAGCUUACAAUGGCGGUGGAUUUGUAUUAGGCAACCCUCUCGCCGUCAUCGCCCAGGCUCUCGGGAUGCACCGACAUGGUGACGCCGUCUAUUCCCAAGAAGAACUAGACCGCGUAAUAUCUGAACUUGUGGACCAGAACAUGAAUGGUGGUGCACCCGCUCCAGCCUCUGACGAUGCCAUUCGAGCUCUACCAAAGAAGAAAGUCGAUAAAGCUAUGCUAGGCAGUGAGGGCAAGGCUGAAUGCUCCAUAUCUGCAUUUCAGCGUGGUUGCAUGAGCAUGAUACAUGCCCACAUUGUCGACAGGGAAUAA